AUGGCGGCGGCGCGGUGGAUGCUGCGCUGGGUUGUGGCGGCUGCGGCCGCGGUGGCGGCGGCGCUGGCUCUGGACAACGGCCUGGCGCGGACACCGCCCAUGGGCUGGCUGCACUGGGAGCGCUUCCUGUGCGGCACCGACUGCGCCGCCGACCCGCGCCGCUGUGUCAGCGAGCAGCUGUUCGUGGAGAUGGCUGACAGGAUGGCUGCCGAGGGCUGGAGGGACGCCGGCUACGAGUUCAUCUGCAUUGACGACUGCUGGAUGGCCCCGACGCGGGACAAGCAGGGCAGGCUGCAGGCAGACCCAAAACGGUUCCCCGGUGGGAUCCGCAAGCUGGCCGACUACGUCCACUCCAAGGGUCUGAAGCUGGGAAUCUACAGCGAUGUUGGGAACAAGACGUGUGCUGGCUUCCCUGGCAGCUACAACUACUAUGACCUGGAUGCCCAGACAUUUGCUUCCUGGGGUGUGGACCUGCUCAAAUUUGAUGGCUGCAACUCUGACUCACUGGACCUGCUGGCAGAAGGAUACAGGCGCAUGUCUCUGGCCCUGAACAAGACUGGAAGGAGCAUUGUGUACUCCUGUGAGUGGCCUUUCUACGUGAGGCCUGUGCAGCAGCCCAAUUACACAGAGAUCAAACAGUACUGCAAUCACUGGAGGAACUUCUAUGAUGUCUAUGACUCCUGGAGCAGCAUCAAGAGUAUCUUAGACUGGACAGCACUUCACCAGGACACCAUUGUGAAGAUAGCUGGGCCAGGGGGCUGGAAUGAUCCGGACAUGCUGGUGAUUGGAAACUUUGGGCUGAGCUGGGACCAGUCGGUGACUCAGAUGGCCAUGUGGGCUAUUAUGGCUGCUCCCCUGUUCAUGUCCAACGACCUGAGGCACAUCAGUCCUGAGGCCAAGUGUCUGCUCCAGAAUAAAGAGGUGAUUGCCAUCAACCAGGAUCCACUGGGCAAGCAGGGAUACCAGCUCAUCAAGAACAAGAACUUUCAGCUGUGGGAGCGGCCCCUGUCUGGCCGAGCCUAUGCUGUGGCGGUGCUGAACUAUCAGGAGAUUGGAGGACCCCAGAAUUUCACCUUCUCCCUCACCUUCCUGGGCAAUGGGCUGGCCUGCAACCCAGCCUGCUCCAUCCGACAGGUGCUGCCAGCCAGCAGAGACUGGGGUGUUUACAGCUGGAUCUCAUCCCUGAGCGUGGAGGUGAACCCCACAGGCACUGUGCUGCUCAAAGUCCUGCCACUAUAGGCAGCACAGAGACAAUCUUAGCCUUAGGCUCUGUCUGAAUUUGUGGCAGGAAACUCAUCUCCUCCUUCCAAGCAGGUGCCUUUCUCAGCCAUUCAUUAUCUGAACUUUCAGCCUAAUGUGACAAAUAGCCAUCACUCCAUCAUCAAGAGAUAACAGAAAGGGUGAACAGCAGAGCAGUGCCUCUUUCCC